CAAAAAACGUUUGUUUGUAUAUGAUGGUAAAACUUCGGGUGCGAGAACUUAUGCGAACAAAACAAAACAUCGUAUAAAACAAACAUUUGGUGGAUCUUUAUCUCUUUACGAACUGAGUUAUUGUAUUCAGCCAAGUAGUGGACGAUAUGUUGACGUGAAAGAUUCUUUAUGCAGCGACACAGCAAAGCAAAUGAUUACUUUCGGCUCAGUGAUACAGUUCGGCGAAAGAAUGAAAUAUGUUCAUUGCGCCCCAAUACAACGUAUGGUGAUCCACAAAGCACAUUAUGGCGACUUCAAUAAUAGCGGGACAUUUGAUAUCAAUGUAACUAUUGAUAAGAAGUGUAGUCGACAAGCAAGUUGUCAAGUGAAAUCUCUUUGUGGUGGAAACAGAUCUUGUGAACUGACCAUUGACAAUAAUUUACUGUCCCCAUACUGCUCUGAUACUAAAAAAGAACUUUAUAUCGAGUACACUUGUGUGGAUAACUAUAUGAAUCCCAUAAAAGCAGCUCCCGACAUAAGAUUAUCAAAGUCACCGAGCGAAGGUUUCAUUGAAAUAAAGAUUGGUUCCACUUGGAAAAAAGUGAAAGAGGAAAUCUGGGAUAUCACUCGUGAAAAAUCGCUGUGUCAGCACUUCGGGUUUAAUGAGACACUUGGGAGCGGUAGUAAAACUCAGGGAAUUAAAGCAGGUCUAGAAUUCGUAAGUGGUGACUUGUGUUAUGACGUACCUCAAAACGAGAGAUGCUGUGUCCAUCUUUAUCCCUCUAUAACAACGUCAACAGUUGAUGCACCAUAUGUAACAUGUAAAACUUGCGAGAACCCAUUAUUACAGAACAAAACUAAGCUUCCAGACGCGAUAUUUUCUGGAAGUGGUUCCACUGACAAUACCACGUACAAAGAAGCGAGAUUUUCUAGCGAUGGUUGGUGUCCAACAGAGUCUGGAGACAAAUAUCUUAUGAUUGACCUUCAAAACGAAUAUCACAUAACACGAGUUAUUGUUAUGUGUGAUAAAAAUCAAACAAAAUGGGGUGGAUCAUAUUCAUUGAAAUACAGUCAUGAUGAAAGUUUGGUAGACGGUAGUAGUGGUUUACAGAUAAAUGGUAAUCAAAACGGUUAUCAAGCAUCGGCGACAGACAUCGACAUUUAUAAUGUCAGAUAUAUAAAGUUAGAGUCAAACGGGGGAACAAAAUUUUGUCUUAGAAUAGAAGUGUGUGGUGAAGUCCAAACGCCUGCUCCCGUACAAAGUAUUGUCGCCGAACCAUCGUCCUAUUCUGUUAAUCUAUCCUGGACAAUGCCAGUGGCUAAAAACUCUUCUUAUAUUACACAUUUCAUCAUUUACUUGAACGGCACAAAGAGAAAAAGAAUAUCUCGUGUACAACAUGGAAAUAAUUUCAUUCUUCGAGGUCUAAAACCUAACACUUAUUAUAAAGUUGGCAUAAUGUCCCAGGAUGGAUAUUCAAAAAAGUCCAUAGCGGUCUACAAAAGUUAUAAAACUAAAAGAGCAGGUUUUUUUCUUAGACACACUAAGUCAGGAAAGUGUCUCGCAGCUAAAACUCCAACCUUUAGCCAUAAUAGCUAUGGCACCCGUUAUUGGGCUGAAAUGGUCACCAACUGCUUGGAUGAUCUUGCCCUGUUCCGUUACCUGGAUAACGAAGUGUUGCAUAAUAUCGAGACAGAAGGGAACGUCGUGUCUGAUUAUCCUCAUUACAAUAGUCGUUUGCUUAUAUAUGACGGGAACAAUAAGCGUGGAAGAGAUUAUGCAAACAGCACAAAACAUCGUAUAAAACAAACAGUUGGUGGUUCUCUAUAUCUUUACGAUGUGAAUGAUUGUGUUCAGCCUAGUGUGCAGUAUGUUGACGUGAAAGAUACUUCAUGCACCGAAGAAGCAGCACAAAAAAUUACUUUCGGUUCAGCGACUCAGUACGGCGACAAAAUGAAAGAUGUUCAUUGUUCUCCAAUACAACGUAUGGUGAUCCACAAAGCUCAUUAUGGAAAUUUCAUUGAUGCUGCAACAUUCAAUGCCAAUGCAAAUAUUGAUAAGAAAUGUAGUGGACAAGCAAGUUGUGAAGUGAAAUCUCUUUGUGGUGGAAACAGAUCUUGUGAACUGACCAUUGACAAUAAUUUACUGUCAUCACAACAUUGUCCUGAUACUACAAAAGAACUUUAUAUCGAGUACACUUGUGUGGAUAAUUAUAUACGUCCCAUUACAACAGCUCCCAACAUAAGAUUAUCAAAGUCACCAAACGAAGGUUUCAUUGAAAUAAAGAAUGCUUCCACUUGGAGAAAAGUGAAAGAAGAAAUCUGGGAUAUCACUCGUGAAAAAUCGCUGUGUCAUCACUUCGGGUUCAAUGGGACACUGGGGAGCGUUAGUAAGACUCAGAAAAUUAUAGAAGGUAAAAUUUGUGAGAACUCAUUAUUACAGAACAAAACUAAGUUUCCAGACGCGAUAUUUUCUGGAAGUGGUUCUACUGACAAUACCAAGUACAAAGAAGCGAGAUUUUCUAGCCAUGGUUGGUGUCCAACAGAGUCUGGAGACAAAUAUCUUAAGAUUGACCUUCAAAACGAAUAUCACAUAACACGAGUUAUGGUUAUGGGUGAUAAAGAUCAAACAAAGUGGAGUGGAUCAUAUUCAUUAAAAUACAGCCAUAAUGAAAGUUUGGUAGACGGUAGUAGUGGUUUACAGAUAAAUGGUAAUCAAAACGGUUAUCAAGCAUCGGCAACAGACAGCGACAUUUAUAAUGCCAGAUACAUAAAGUUGGAGCCGAACGGAGGAACAAAAUUUUGUCUUAGAAUAGAAGUAUGUGGUGAAGCAAGAGAAGAGAGAGAUGAGGUAGAGAAGGUUACAAUACGGCACAAAAAAUAA